UUCCCUGAAGAUCCUAGCGCGAGAGACAAGAAGAAGAUGGCCGCCGGCAGCUUGGCGAUGCCCGCGCUACUCGUGGCGCUGCUGGCCUGCGCCGCCGCCCGGACGGCCGUCGCCGCCGGCGGCACCGGCGCGGCGUGCGUCGGGGCGCUCUGCGGCAUGGGCACCUGCAAGGAGCUGCAGGGGAACAUCCCGUUGGGCUACGAGUGCGAGUGCGACCCCGGGUGGUCUCGGCCCAACUUCACCUUCCCUCCCCCCUUGCCGCCACACCUGUUUCUGCCCUGCGCCGUCCCCACCUGCCUAUCGAUAUCGGAGUUCACCUGCUACAGGCCCAAGCCGCCAAAUCCCGCCAACGCAACCGUACUUGACCCCUGCUCAUACACUGACUGUGGCUCGGAAGGCACGUGCGUGAGCGGAGAGGGCCGGCAGUACCGGUGCCAGUGCAACCCAGGCGCAACCAAUGUGGAAGGCGACCCUACCCGCCCUUGCAUCACCUGUGCCACCGACGACAAGGGCUGCCCGGUUUCCACCCCUACGACGACACCGGCGCCGCCUUCGCCAUCGUCGUCGACGGCGCCACCACCUGGCUCUGUUUCGUUGGGGAAUCGGCUGCGGCUGUCGCUGCUGCUGGCCUCCCUCGCCGCGCUUCACGCUGUAAUUGUGUGAUCAAGUGGCAGUACGCUGUGGCCUGUGACACGGACGUGCACGGAUCAGGACGUACGUACGCUAUGUAUGGUGUGUACUGCGUAUGCCAGUUCACAGGAGAAGAUUGACGUGAACAAAGCAAAUAAUGGGGUUUGCAUAACCCGGUUUUGGCAAAUUUUAGCAAAUAAUGGGGUGUGCAUUACCUGGCACAUUUGUUUAGAAACAGCAAAUAUACAUCACAAUAGCUGUAUGUAAGUUGCCUGACUUUGCGAUUUGGAUAAGUCGAUUUUGUGGGA